UGAAACUUUUUGUCAUAGUUGCGUUCGAUUAACAUUAUCAGUCGGUAUAUAAUAAAUUAAUUUCUUUCAAAAUGAUAGAUUUACGUAAUGAAAAUACGGAUAAUCCUCGAAUACACAAUAAAAACAGUUCAGUUAUAAAUCAACCCAGUAUAUCUUCAUUGAGUCCAUAUUUAAAUUAUGAUCCAGUGUAUUUCCCUCCUAGUCAACCAGAAUUUAUAUUCCCAGAAGGAGCUGUAAAACAAAGGGGUAGAUUUGAAUUAGCUUUCAGUCAAAUUGGGGCAGCAUGUAUAAUUGGAGGUGGAAUUGGAGGCAUCACAGGAUUUUAUAAAGGAUUGAAAGUAACAACAAUAGCAGGGCAAACUGGAAAAUUACGUAGAACACAACUAAUUAAUCAUGUAAUGAAACAUGGUUCAUCAAUAGCAAAUACAUUUGGCGUUGUGUCUGUAAUGUAUAGUGGAUUUGGUGUACUAUUUUCUUAUGCUAGAGGGACUGAUGAUUCCUUAAAUACUUUGGUUGCUGCCACUGCAACAGGCAUGCUUUUUAAAUCUACAGCUGGUCUAAAGAAAUGCGCAGUUGGAGGCGGUAUUGGUUUUGGAAUUGCAGCUCUGGUUUGCUUGUGGAAUAGUAGGAAUACAUUUUCUGAAAUUAGGCAUCAUGGCAUGAAUCCAGCAUAAGGCUGAUAAUCUAUCUAACAAUUCAACAACUACAUCUAAUUACUAGCAUCGAUGUAUCCCUUCACAUUUUAUAGUUACUGAAAUUGACAAUUAGAUGUCGCCUGCGAAGUUGCUUUAGUACAGAGAUUAGUUAUUUAAUAAAAAUGAUUGUAGAUGACUGAUAAACGAAAAAACGAAUAUAUUGUAAAUAAUUAUGGGAAAGAAACGAAUCGUUAAAUUAUUUUUAAUUUG